CGAAACUUACAUAUCCUCAAUUUACUUUCUCGUUUCAUUCCUUUCUGCGAAAUCGUACGAAUAAAUGAGCAAAACGUUUAUACGAUUAGUGUCAAGAAUUAGGAAAUAUUAUUUCCCGACCGGACGAAGAGCUUUGCUUUCUAACGCAAUAGUAGUUAUCGCGGUUGUAGUUAUCGCCAGAAAUGCCGCGGGCACGUUUCGGCACGACGUUGUGUAAAUGCGGACAGGCCAGUCCGCAUCGUCUGUGUAUUCGGGAAAGAUGUUUAUUAUCAGUAAACUGAACUCUUUGCCGUAUCCCCCUUCUCUGCUUGUUCUCUACCCUCCGUGAGGUAGACUUAGACUUUCAUAUCAGUUGCCGUGUAGCUGUGCCCGGUCUCGUAUAUUUUACUCGCGCGAUACACUCCGCCGCUUAUAAUGUCGAUCAACGGUAUUUGGCUCGCAUAAUCGGUCCUCCGACCUGCAAAUACCAUAUUGCGUUUCUCGCAAACGGAUCGAACGAUGACGAUGAUCAAUGAUCGUGCAACACGCGCACAUCUGUAAUCGGAAUGAUUCACGUGCAGAUUUUUUUCACGAUAUCUCGUGAAGCGUGAAAGUGCUCGAAAUGAUAACGAGCAACUUGUGCCAAUUUACACGGUCAUUUAUCAAUUAACAAUAAAAAGAAACCACUAAAAAGAAAACACUACAGUAAAUAAUAAUUGCUAAUUAUUAUUCACACGCGUCCAUAUUAUUUAGUCUACGUGUAAUACAAUAAUCGUCGAAAGUCACGCUAUUUAAAUACCAGUUUUGAAGUCCUUUCGUGAAAAUCUCACAGGAUGCGGGAAGGAAUUGCGAAAUUACGUCGAAGUGAGCCACGAGUACUAAUGGUAGAAAAAGAAACGUGAAGAGUCGAGUGUGAGCGAAGAGGAAGAAAUUGAAGAAGAAGUAGAAGAUGAAGAGUACGAAGAACGGAAUCCUACGGCGUUCCAAGUAUCCGUCAAGGUCAUUCUCGCAAGCUUCCUACACUUCACGCGUCACUUUUAUCACAUUUCUAAUGCGUCCCUUGAGGGUAGAAAAUCAUUGAGAACUUGACAACGAAUCCUAUAUGUAACAUAAUGUCGGAAUACAUAGUGGAAAGUCUAAACCGAGCUAAAAGAGAGAGCGCGAUAGGCGGAAAGAAACCGACGCACUCCGAUGAAGAGAAGAACGGAGUAACGAGAGGUACAGCGGGCCUCGUGACGUCAGUCACGCGUACCGGGAGGCCCUAGGUGGAGGGGCGAGAUCAUCCACCACCACCUUUGGAGGCCACGAAAGCCUCACGGGGACCAGCAGCUAGCAGCAGCCAGCGGCGGUGGUCUCGCCGGCUGUUUGCCGCGAGGUGGGGGCAGGAAGAGGGGUACUCUCCUGGACCUGGUCAGACCAAAGAAACAACGCAGGAGUACCCACCGAAACCCAUCCUGCAUUUCCCACCACCGGCUCGUCCGGAAAACGUGCGCUAGCUUCCGGACGUCGUUCGUCCGAGUUCAGUCAAGUGAGUCGACUCGCACGUACCUCCUCUCCAACGAAAAUCGCAGAAGGUUCCGCUCCGGAAAGGCGGGAGUGUUGGCGCGUGCCGACGAGAAUUUAAAAGGCCCGGUACUGAUAGGGAGAACGUCGAUCAGUCGAGGAAACAGUCGCUUUAGAAUAAAUUUCCGAUCGAAUCCGACGACGUCUACGAUGUAGAGAGAUUCGUCUUCGUAGACCCUCCGACUUGGUGCCACGACUUGAUAAUAUUCCGACGUGGUGAUCGUAUGUCGGCUCCUUUCGGUAUUUACAAAAGAAAAAAAAGAAUCUUUAACGAUCUUUCGAAAGGUUUGUAGCCUCGCGUUAAUUCGCCGAUCGGUCGCGCGCGGAGUUUAUCAACGCAACUACGGGGAUCACAUCGGUGGUAAGAGUGCGUGCACGGGGGGUGUGUGAUGCUCUGGUUAUGGUUAACCGUGAGUGAGGUCAGUGGCAAGAGGCGAAGAAGAAGAAUCGGUAGCAGAACGUCAAGCGGAUUGUCACCCUCGACAUCGUUCCUGCCGCCGUCGUCGUCGUCGUUCUGCCAGCCGUUCUGGAGACGACGAGAGCAGUGACCGCGCAAGGUCGACCUCGAGGCAGAGGCACGCGAUUAUGGUGCACCAUCAUCAUCGUCGCCGCGGCCUCCAGGCAACCCACCACUGUGCCAUUGGGAGUCGCGUAGGCACACGCGCCUCGCUCUUCCAGGUUCUCAUGUUGAUUCUUAGCUUCUGGCUGCCCGUACUCGAUAACGGUGGCCUUGCCCUGGCAUGCGGACCCGGCAGAGGCGCCGGCCGACGGCCGAAUCUGAGAAAACUUACCCCUCUGGUGUUCAAACAGCAUGUGCCAAAUGUCAGCGAAUUCUCCUUACCGGCAAGCGGGCUUCGCGAGGGAGAGGUGAGGAGAAAUGACGCUAAGUUCCGAGACCUGGUACCCAAUUACAACACGGACAUCAUUUUUAAGGACGAGGAAGGCACCGGCGCCGAUCGUCUCAUGACACAGAGGUGCAAGGAGAAACUCAACACCUUGGCGAUCUCGGUGAUGAACCAAUGGCCUGGAGUGAAACUGCGGGUGACCGAGGCCUGGGACGAGGAAGGGACACACGCGGUAGAUUCCCUGCACUUCGAGGGACGAGCCGUCGAUAUAACGACGAGCGAUCGCGAUCUCUCCAAGUACGGGAUGCUGGCGAGACUCGCGGUUGAGGCUGGCUUCGACUGGGUCUACUACGAGUCCAGGUCCCACAUACAUUGCUCCGUCAAGUCUGAAUCGUCGUCAGCAGGCAAGUCUAGUGGGUGCUUUCCCGGGAGAAGUCUGGUCCGGACGGAGGACGGCAGUACGAAGAGGCUGGACGAGGUGCAUCUCGGCGAGCGUAUCGCCGCUCUGGAUUCCCGUGGCGACGUUGUGUACAGCGAGGUGAUCGCUUUCCUGGACCGUUCUCCAUCCGAGAGGAGACAGUUCAUCCGCCUAACGACUAAGUCCGGCCGAGUGCUCACGUUAACGCCAGCGCAUCUGGUGCCGGUGGAGGGUCGGUCGUCGGUGUUUGCCUUCAGCGUGCAACCCGGCGAUAGGAUCCUCGUGAGUGACACCGAUGCGACGAGCGCGGCGAAUGAGGUGGACAGUCGUCUGCGAUGGGACAGCGUGGUCGAGACGAAGCUGGUCCUCGAGGAGGGAGUCUACGCCCCGCUUACGAUGGAGGGCACCCUUCUCGUAGACGACGUUGUCGCGUCCUGCUAUGCCGUCGUUAAUAGUCAAUCGGUGGCGCAUUACUCCUUCCUGCCGCUGAGGAUUUGGCACAGCAUAACAUCCUUUUUUCGGCAAAGGCUGGGCGACCCGCAACACCUCGUGGAGAGACAUAACAAUGCAUCCAGAACGGAACCGACGACAGGAGGAGAGCAAGAGGGCGUCCACUGGUACGCGUCGAUGCUCUACUCGUUCGCCUCCUACGUGCUGCCGUCGAAGAUGCUCUACAACUGAGAUCUUCAAGAACGAUAGACCUCGUGCUCCGAAUCAAGUGUCGAGUGAAUCAUCGAGCAUACGCUCGAGUGUUCAGUGCAAGAUUCGAAAGACUUCUCGAAGCCACGAAACUUAGUGUUGAUUAAUCAUCGGGACGUCGCCUCGUCUCUCGGGACUUGAUUUUUUAUGGAUCGUUGUCAUGGAUUCCGGUUACACGCAUGUCGUUGAAGACAGUUAACGUAUGACCGCGGGGUUCCUGUUGUGAGAAAUGCGUGUAUUUAAUACAUGGAACAAAAGACGUCGUCGUAGGCGAGAGACAUAAAGUUGGCCAGUGACCUACCAGUGUUCACCGAAUGACGUGUGGAAUAUUAAAUCCUUAGGACGAUAGCAAAAUAGAAAAAAUGGAAAACAGAGUUUUAGGGAGAAUCGGGACUUUUUUCUCUUCACGUUUUAAAUGUAUGUACACAUUAUACUGAUAUACAAGUAUUUCUUCUCUAUUUUUUUAGUGUUCGCGCAUCGUGUGCGUCUCGUCCGGUAUACUUGUUUCUGAGAUGUCGAAGGGAAUUGCCUUUGUGUCGCGGAAAUGUGUGUAAGAUAAUUGCCGAUUAUUCUAUUGUAACGUUAUUCCAAACGAUCUUCUGGAUGUACGUGCGAGCAGUAAGAAAGCGUCUAUAUUUUUAAAUGUACGUUGUUGAAAUCGUAAUUAAUUUAAAGGAAUGAAGAAGUAUCAUUACUUUAAGUAGGAUCCACAACGCGUCUUUAUAGAAUAAUAAAAGAUUAUUGUAUAUACCCCGCUUUUUUUGUUUUCCCUCCUUCCUCUAACGCAAUGAGGAGGGGGUGUAGCCUACUUCUUUUUUUCAUUCUAUUAACAUUGCUUGUAUCCCAUAUACAUAUAAUUUAAUGUUACAUAUCCGAAAUUGUAAUUAUAGGUCUAUUCAGUUCGAGCCGCACUUUCUUUCUUUUGAAAGAAAAUCGAUAUACAUUUGGAAGAUAGAAACGAGAGAAGCAAAUUGCAAAGAAAGUGCGACUAAAAAAGUAAACAACCUUAUAGAUAUUUAUUGUCACUAUCGAUUGUGGCAAUAACUAUCGAUUACCGCUGUACAAUAAUGUUAAAUCGCAUUGUUCUCCGUGUCAUAUUUUUAACAAUAGUCAAUUAUAAUCAACAUGUUAACAAAAGUUAAUUAAUUAUUUUAAUAAUAUAAGAACUAUUUUUCAU